AUGUUACGUGUUGCUUUUCACAAUUUCCAUAUGUUGAAGUUGUUUCUCUUCAUCUUUUUGACAUGCUGGGUGAGAUCAGAUACAGAACAAAAAUGUCAAGAGUUCACAGAUCUUAGCAUACACAAUGCUUUAGCUGGGACAGAUCUAAAAGUGAAACUGCUGUUGUACACAAGGACAAACCAAAACUGUUCUGAGAGUCUCAGUGAAUAUAAUACAACAGCAUCUACAUAUCUGGAUGUGACCAAGAAAACUGUCUUUAUAGUCCAUGGCUUAAGACUAACAGGCUCUGCACCAAUAUGGCUGAACGACAUGAAAGAACUUCUGCUGUCUUUAGAGGACGUUAACCUCAUUAUAGUAGAUUGGAACAGGGGUGCUACAACUGUAAUUUAUCAUAAUGCUGUCCACAACACCAGAAGAGUUGCAGAAAUCUUGAAGAAAUAUAUUGACCAGAUGUUGGCAUAUGGAGCUUCUCUUGACUCUAUUCAUAUGAUUGGAGUUAGCCUUGGGGCUCAUAUAGCUGGAUUUGUUGGAGAAAUGUAUAAUGGUAAACUUGGCAGAAUUACAGGUCUUGACCCAGCUGGCCCUUCAUUCAGUGGGAAACCACCAAAUGAGAGAUUGGAUCAUACAGAUGCACAGUUUGUUGACGUCAUUCAUACUGAUAUAGAUGUUCUAGGCUUCAGGAAACCUUUAGGAAAUAUUGAUUUCUAUCCAAAUGGAGGAGCAGAUCAGCCUGGCUGUCCACAAACACUGUUUAGUGGAUCUCAGUUUUUUAAAUGUGACCAUCAGAGAUCUGUUUUCUUGUUCCUGUCAUCCUUGAGACGGAGUUGCAACAUAACAACAUACCCUUGUGAUUCAUACUUGGAUUACAAGAAUGGAAAAUGUGCCAACUGUGAAGCUUUUCAACCAAUGCCAUGUCCAGUACUGGGUUAUUUUGCUGAUAAGUGGAAAAACUAUUUAAUCCAAAAAGACCCUCCGGAGACAAAGGCUUAUUUUGAUACCUCAGGCCAAGAACCAUUCUGUAUGUAUUACUACUUUGUGGAUUUUAUUACUUGGAACAAAAGCAUUAGGAGAGGUUUCAUCAGAAUUAAAAUAACAGACAAUGCUGGAAACACAAUAGAAUCAAAAAUAAAUAGUGAAGCUGCUACAUUUCAACAGUAUAGACAAGCCAGUAUCUUUGUUGGAUUUUAUGAGGAUUUUGACAAAAUAUCAAGAAUUUCCUUGACUUUUUCUACAAGAACUCUAAUAGGCCCAAAAUAUAAGCUCAGGAUUCUCCGAAUGAGGCUAAGAUCUACUACAGAUCCAGGAAGGCUGCAGACGUGCAGAUAUGAUUUUGUACUUCUGGAAAACAUCGAAACAACCUUCAAGCCUAUUCCAUGCCAAGAGAGGGACAAGUAA